AUGAGGUUUGUCCAAUAUAUUCCGACUGGAAUUCCAAACGAAGAUGGUGAGUUCCCGGGAAGGAACUAUACAGUUGGAAAAGUCAUACAACAACUGUAUGAUAUUAGGAAAGCUUCAAACCCCAAACUUGCAAUGACACUCAAAUUGCUUAUGAAUUCGACAUGGGGAUAUUCCAUUAAGAAACCUCAAGAGAUGAAGAGUAAACAUUAUGAGAAGGUCGACAACUUGGUUGAAAGGUUUUCUCCUUUUGUUUUGAAGUACGAAUUCACUCAAGGUCAAAGUGGCUUAGUAACCACAUUAAAACCUAUUGUCGAACAUUGGUCUUACCCUCAGUUCGCAAAAGCAGUCCUUGACGAGUACAACAAAUUCUUCUCCGAAGUCAAAUCGAAAGUUAAGGUUUACUACGAGAACAUUGACGCACUCAUGACGAACGAAGAAGGAUACAACAAACUCAUUGAAAUGGGUAUGGUCGGUGAAAAGAUGGGCUGUUUUAAGCUAGAUAAGGUAUUUUCAGAAGUUCAUGUAAUAUCGAAAAGGAAAUAUUGGGGCAUACUUGAAGACGGCACAGAAAUAAAACAUUGCAUGAAGUAA